AUGUCUCCCGGCUGGAGGGAUAUAUGGCAUGUCGGAGUGCGAGCCUCCAAAUCGCGAAAACUGGUUGCGUCCAUCUGCGGCGUUCCCACCGAGAUCCGGGUUCGCGACCAGAAGUUCAAAGUCAUUGAGAUCAACUUCCUCUGCAUACAUAAAAAGCUACGAUCCAAGCGACUUGCGCCGGUUCUAAUUAAAGAAAUCACACGUCGCUGUUACCUGAAUGGCAUCUACCAGGCUAUCUAUACCGCCGGAGUGAUCUUGCCGAAACCCGUCAGUUCCUGUCAAUACUACCACCGGCCCCUGGACUGGCUCAAGCUCUACGAGGUUGGCUUCUCGCCUCUUCCCCACGGGUCAACAAAGGCACGCCAGAUAGCCAAGAAUCACCUUCCCAAUGAAACGUCCAUGCCUGGUCUUCGGCCCAUGGAAGUCAAGGACAUUGACGCCGUUCAAGAACUUUUGGAGCGAUACUUCCGACGCUUUGAUCUAAAUCAGGCGUUCACGAAAGUGGAGGUUGAACACUGGCUGGUACACAGGGACACUGUCAAGGAACAAGUGAUCUGGUCGUACAUCGUCGAGGAUCCGCAAACCCACAAGAUCACCGACUUCUUCUCAUUCUACAAUCUCGAAUCUACCGUCAUCCAAAAUGCAAAGCACAAGGAAGUCCGUGCCGCUUACCUGUACUACUAUGCGACCGAGGCUGCAUUCACAGAGACGGAGAAGGGCCUCAAGGAGCGCUUGUUGAUGCUGAUGAAUGACGCUCUUAUUCUGGCCAAGCAGGCACGUUUUGACGUUUUUAAUGCCCUGACUCUUGCCGAUAACCCCCUUUUCCUCGAACAGCUCAAAUUCGGAGCCGGUUAUGGCCAGCUCCACUACUACUUGUACAACUACCGUACGGCCCCAAUCGCGGGCGGAGUGAACGAGCAGAACUUGCUUGAUGAGAAUAAGAGAGGUGGUGUUGGCAUUGUCAUGCUGUGA